AUGGCCCCAGAUGGCGUCGAAGAGGCUGAUUACGAGAGUGAUCCCGAGGAAUUGAAGCGUUCCCUGGCAACUAGGAGAAGAGAAGCGAGCGAUGAUGAGGAGGAUACCGAGACGCGGGGAGGAAAUCAGAGACCCGAGAUCGAUUCCGAUGAUAAUGACGAAGAAGAAGGAGGAUUUCCCAUUGACGGAUUGGAUACUGAUGGGAGGAACGGGGAAGAUGCAACGGAAGACUCUGCCACAGAUCUUGUGGAUGGAGAGGAGCAAAAGAAGAAGGAACCUUUUGCAGUGCCAACUGCUGGAGCAUUUUAUAUGCACGAUGACAGAUUUCAGGAAAUGGAUGCCGCCUCAAAUAGACAAAUGCGUGGUGGUAGGAGGCUCUGGCAAUCCAGAGAUGAAAGAAAAUGGGGACAUGACAAAUAUGAGGAGAUGAAUACACAUGAAAAACAAUAUGAUAGGAGGACUUCGAGAGGCCGGGGCAGAGGUCGUGGUCAUGGUAGGGGUCAAGAACGUGGAAAUUCUCGAGGGAGCAAUUCUAAAGCGUUUACCAGCAAUGGACGCCAAAAUCAGUUUCCCAAGGCUGUCACAAGAGGUAGAGGUCCCAGAAGAUAUGAGGUUGCCGUGAGAAAUGGCAAUCAAUCGCCUUCUGUUCAAACCAAACAGUCGCAAAAUUCUUUUGUGAAAGUGUCACAAGUUGAUUCAGGGCGUGCACCAACAGAAACAGCUAGCACAGAGACUGAAACCAUCCAAGCCAAAAAGAAUGUAGUUGCUUCAAGUUUAAAUUCAGCUUCUCCUCCAUUCUAUCCUUCAGGAUCCUCCAAUAACUUGGCACGAAAAGAUUUACAAGCUGGCAUGGGUAGACUGCACAUUAAUGAAAACCCUACGCCGACUGGAAAGAAGUUUGGGAAUACAAAAUCCAACGCUUCUUGGGUACGCAAUACCCAACCUUCACAGACUACAAGUCGAGGUAGAGGUGCACCUCCCCAUGGGCAAGUGCUUUACCAGCAAUCGCUUAAUCAAGGUGAGAAAGUUUCUUCGCCUAUGCAAGUCCGAGGAAUGCCAAAAGGCACUGACCAAAGCUUUACUCAACCUCCUGGUCAAACUUUUGAUCAACAUUCGGCUGUUAUCAGUUUACUGCCUUCUUCUCCACCGCAAACCGGCUCAUCAAAAAAUCAGUAUCUUUCUGGUGAAAUAGAGCCAGCUACAGAAACAGGUGUCUUGGUUGCCAAGGGAAAAGGGACUCUCCAGCCUAGUGGAAGUGGAUCUUUUAUGUAUGGAGCGACACAAUUCAUGUCAGCUGGUCAUAGCAAUCCAAAUUUUCCCGCUUAUCUGCCUGUUAUGCAAUUUGGUGGUCAGCACGGUGGUGUUCCGACCUUUGGAAUGGCUCUUCCAGGAUAUGUCCAACAAGAACAUGGUACCGGUAAUCCUGAGAUGACAUGGCUGUUUACUGGCCCGGGUGCAUUAGGGGCUUCAUAUUGCCCACCUUAUGCUGCCAUUGAUGGUUCUUACCAAGCACACAAACCAGGGUUACCUUCCACUGCGGGAUCCUUCAGCCAAGAGAACAGUUCGAAUAACCCUAAUGAUGAAGACAAGCCCAUAGAAAGACCUGAGGUUACAAACAAUGGGACUUCACAACGGUCUAACAGCAACACAAACAAGCAGCCUCGUAGGUGA